AAAUAAAUAAAGUUGAGAUCCGAUUUGGUGCAUUCAACUCUAUUUCGUUGUGAAGGCAUUUAAAACUCCGGGACUCUUCCGCGCUACUCCCUUCCUCGGCCAGUUUGUGUCUUUCAGGCACGGCGGACGCCGUUGAUGCUGACCUCUCCCAACCCUUGUCUCCUUCUGGAUCGAUGUCAUCGACCUCUCCACAGGCUCCUCUCUCACAUUCGUUAACGCUUAGUUUUUCUCUCUCUCUGAGACUCUUUGAUACUCGGUGAAUCUGCACUGAGUUCGACGCCAAAGAUUUUGCAAUUGUGUGGAUAAUGAGGCAAAGGCAGAGUGCUGCUGUCUCACCAGCAGCAGAAUCAGUCAAAACCGAAAACCCAGUUCCUACGAAAUUAGGUCCACAGCAAAAGGAAUCCCGGCCAGGUGAUUUUCUAGGCUCCUCCAGGAAGGUCUUUGCACUCUGUUUGGCCUUUCGAAUAGCAAAUGCUCUGUUGAUUCAGACCUAUUUUAACCCUGAUGAACACUGGCAAGCCCUUGAAGUUGCACAUCGCAUCACUUUUGGGUAUGGCCAUUUGACGUGGGAGUGGAAGAAGGGGAUUCGUAGCUAUUUGCAUCCUUUUCUCUUUGCCUUCCUUUACAAAGCUCUUGCAGUGUUGGGUCUUGAUACCCCAUGGCUCAUGGUCAAGGCUCCGCGGCUAUUUCAGUCUUGUUUUGCUGCCUUUGGUGAUCUAUACUUGUAUAAACUCUCUGUCAUCCUCUUUGAUGACUGCGUUGCUAAAUGGGCUCUGUUCUCACAAUUGACAAAUUGGUUUAUGUUUUACUGCAUCACUCGUACAUUAUCAAAUAGUUUGGAGACUGUUCUUACCCUUGUGAGCCUGUACUACUGGCCCUGUAUGAGGGCUUCUUCCAGCAAACUUCCCUUGGAAUCAAGGAAGUGGGGUUUGAUUAUUGCCGCAUUAGCUUGUGCUAUCAGACCAACAAGUGCUAUCAUAUGGCUGUAUGUUGGCCUUCUUGAGCUAUUUUUGACAUGUGAUAAACUGAGAUUCAUUUUUCUGGAAGUGGCUCCUAUGGGGGUCCUGGUGCUUGGUAUUACAUUUUUAUUGGAUCGUUUGAUGUACGGCUCAUGGGUCUUUGUACCUCUUAAUUUUAUAAGAUUCAAUUUUCUCUCUGCUGGUGGAGACUAUUAUGGGACUCAUAAGUGGCACUGGUACUUCACUCAGGGAUUUACAGUCAUGAUAUUCUCUUUCUUACCAUUUUCUGUUGCUGGAAUCAUACAAUCCAAAAAUUGGAAACUUUCUGGCCUUAUUGCAUGGGUUUUAGGACUUUAUAGUGUGCUAGGCCACAAAGAAUUCAGGUUUGUUCUGCCUGUACUUCCUAUAGCUUUGAUAUUCUCUGGACAUUCCUUAGCUGCAUUAAGAACAUCGGUUUCUGCAUAUGGUAGCAAAUUCCCUGCAAAAAUGCAGUUGGCCAUCUUUUUCUUGCUCGCUACCAAUAUUCCAGUGGCCCUAUAUAUGAGUUUGGUUCAUCAGAGAGGAACCGAGGAUGUUACUUACUAUCUAUCCAAAGAAGUGCUUCAUGGAAAAGUGACAAAUAUACUUUUUCUGAUGCCUUGCCACGCUACACCUUACUACUCUACGGUGCACCGUGACCUUCCGAUGAGAUUCCUAGACUGCUCACCAAGUGAAGAAAAAGGAAUCCCAGAUGAAUCUGACCAAUUCAUGAUGGAUCCUGUUAGUUUUACAUCAGAACUUGCAAAGAAUUGGUCUUUACCUAGUCACAUUGUAGUAUUUGAUUCGGAAGAAAAACAGUUGAGGGCUUUUCUGAUUUCACAUUCUUUCAAAAAGAUAAAAAGGUUUUUCCAUGCGCACUUCAAAGUGGACCGUGAUCUGCAAGCGUCAGUUGUUGUGUACGGUUUGACAGGCGACUGAUUAUUGUAUGUGCAACUAGAACCACUCCAGUAUGAUGGGCUGGAAGAAUUUAUUGACUUUAUGUCUUGAUGAAUGGAGUGAAUGGCCAGAGCAUGGGGGUUUAUUGGAGACAUGCCCGCCUCAGCAGAUUCCAACUUCAGACCGCCAAUUAGUAUGUAACAAAUUUUUUUCCAUUCAUUAACCCCGGAUUUUAUUAAAUGCUUUGUUUCUGUUGUUUUUUCUGCGUUUUUGUGUGUCUAUCUAUGUUGUGUUAAACUUGAUUUUUCAACUGGAUACAGCCUGUGAGCAUGGAUAGGCUGUCAUGGUUAAACAUGAUAUCAGUUUUGACCCCUUUAGUGAUGUGGUCUGAAAAUGUCGUACAAAUAGUUGUGUCGUCAUCAUACAUAAGCUUUAGUGUUCCUAUAAUUUACUCGUCUCAAUUUGCAUUCUU